AUGCUAGCUAUGGUACAUUGCCAUAGCUUACUUCGAGAUGAAUACAUUCGUGCCAAAGCUCGACCAAUGACUAACGAUCGUCGUCAUGAUUUGGGCAAUACUCGUCCAGCAAUACCAAUAAAAACUAGCAAAUCAGCACCUUCCAAUCCUGACUUGUUUUUUCCCCCUCUACCUGGACAGUCGAAUAAUGAUUUUCAUCCACAAUUACGUCGACUGCCAUCAGCAAAUGAACCAUUGUACUACUAUUCAUGGCAUAUUCACAGUUAUUUCUUUCAUGAAAAUGCCAAUGUUACUGCUCGUGCCCUAGCUAUCCGACAACAAUUUAUGGAAUAUUUCAGCAUAAAAAAAUGUGAAGGCAAUUGUUUUAUGGGUGGAAUAUUUGAUAAUUGUACACGAAUGUGUGUUUGGGAUCCGGUAAUGGGUGUUGAUGGACCCCAUCCAUAUGGGCAAUGGGGUGUCUAUUUGCCAAAUGAGCUUUUGAUGGAUACAUUAUCGUGGAUGUCGGCUAAUCAUGGCGAAUUCGAAGUUUUGUUUCAUCCAAAUACGGGAGAAAUGAUUGGUGAUCAUGAUAGUCAACAACGAGCUAUGUGGAUCAAGCAACAAGUGCCACUUGAUUUAGAUUUUCUGAGAUGGUUACAAUGUCAAUGGUUUGGAUGCAUUGACAAUUCGUAA